UUGCAGAUUUCUUAACUGAUAGCAGCUGUGAGCAAAAGCCCAAACAUGGAACCUUCUCAGUUUCCCCGGGGCAGCCUGGGUGGUGAAGGCAAAGGUGACAUAGUUUCCCUUCAUCCCAGGCAGGAACAUGGAGGACAUAUGAGCAGACAUCAGGGCGGACUGUAGGUCAUCUCCUCCCUCUGAUGGAAGCGACUAGUGGGAGACUUUGAGAGACCAUGAGAGCAGGCUGCUUGUGGCCCCCUACAAUUUGGGACCGGACGCCCUCCUGAGAACAGCAAUCCCAGGGAAGGAGGGACUGGGCAGGCCACUGGCCAUGGACCCAGGGAGCUGGGAUUCAGGCUGCUGCUGUCCUGUUCUCUCUGGCAUCCCUGACUACAGACAAAUUCCUCCCUCUGGGCCCCUCAUGCUUUUGCCUUCCUGUUGACCUCUGGAGAGUUCCAGGGCUCCCGCUGCUAAGGUGACUCACGUAGAAGUCUCACUUAUUUUGCACAAGGAGCUCUCCCCUCUACCUGCUCUGUCCUGGGUCUUGGACAAGCAUCUGGAGGGCACUGCCAACUGAGGAACCUCCCUCCAGCAGCAAGAGCCUCAUACCAGCCAUGACAGUGCUGCAGGGCUGACAGACAGGACUCUAACUCUCAUCUCCACACUAAGCAGGGCUGUUGGGUUUAGAGCCAGUCCUGUGUGGCAGAGUCUCAUGGUUACUUUAGCCCUUAAACAGAGGAUCUGCUCUGCCCCAACCCCUGCCUGAUCCCUUCCUCCAUCGUGUAUCCCUUGGCUGCUGACUCAGCCUCAGAAGAUGGAUGGUCCAGUGCUAAACUGGCUGUUGAAUCACUCCCUUCUCCUUCCACUGGACUCUGCUCAAUAUCCUGAGCUCAGACUUGACCUGCUCGACAGGAAAGGCUCCUGCCUGCAGCUGGCUGCCAUGAGGAAUGUGAACAUCAUCCUGCAGCACUACAACUUCACAGGCAAGCUAACCAACCGGCAGUCUGGGGACGAGGGCAUGGGUCUCAUCCACACAAUCUUCGUCAUCAUCAGCUGCAUCAUCAUCCUGGAGAACCUGCUCGUGCUGCUGGCCAUCCUGCGGUGUCUGCGAGCCCGCCGCUGGGUCUACUCCUGCAUUGCCAGCAUCACUGUGAGUGACCUGCUUGCAGGAAUCGCCUACCUCUCUAAUCUCUGCCUCUCAGGCAAGAAGACUUUCCAGCUUUCACCUCAGCUCUGGUUCCUGCGGGAAGGCAUCCUGUUCAUUGCGCUGGCUGCCUCCACCUUCAGCCUGCUCGUGACAGCCAUCGAGCGUUACAGUGCCAUGGUGAGGCCGAUCGCUGAGAACGAAGCCAGCAAGACCCUGCGCUUACGCAGCCUCAUCAUUUCCUGCUGGCUGCUGGCCUUCGUCAUAGGACUGCUCCCACUGCUGGGCUGGAACUGCCUGUGUGACUUCAGUGCCUGCUCUGUGCUCCUGCCUCUAUACUCCAAGAACUACAUCCUUUUCUCCGUAGUCAUGUUCAGCAUCAUCCUCCUGGGGAUUAUUGGCCUCUACAUCUCCAUCUUCCAACUGGUCCAGGCCAGUUCUAAGCAAACCAGUUCUCGGCACAGCCGCAAGCGUUCCCUGCGCUUGCUUAAGACUGUGCUGAUGAUCCUGGGUGCCUUCAUCAUCUGCUGGAGUCCCCUCUUUGUUCUGUUGCUGUUUGAUGUCUUCUGUGAGACCCAGACCUGCACACACCUCCACAGCUUGGACUGGACCUUGGCUCUGGCCUUGCUUAACUCCGGUGUCAACCCCAUCAUCUAUUCCCUGAGGAGCGUGGAGGUGCGCCGUGCCGUGGGAAGCCUGCUGUGCUCCUGCUGUGUCAGGGCUGGGCUUUGCAAGCCUGGGAACUGCAUGGUCAUCACAGAUAUCAACUCUGGCUCAUCCACAGAGAGCUCACUGCGCUACCGGGAGAGUUUCCGCAGCUCUGUGGCACUCAAUGCUAGGCCCAGAGCACCUCUCUCCAGCAACUCCAGCAUGAUGAGCAAUCUCCCCAGCCUCUGAGAGGCCGUGGGAAGAGCAAGACAUGCCAGAGACAGCUCCCAGGACCUCAUUCUGCUGGUCCUGGCCUGGCAGAACUGUAGCCUACGUGCAACUCAGGCUGACCAUGGGCAGCCCCACCCCAGUUGUUAACUGGGCUUUCCAGUCCCAUCAGACUGGGAUUUUGUUUCAGUGUGGGUGCAGCACAGGGACAGGCAUUGCUCCCAGGCUGGGAGAGGAAGAUACGGGCACAUUUUAGGAUUGAUGCUCUGCUGAGACAGCUGCAGUGCCUAGGUUAUAAGUGUGUGUGCUCUGUGUGUGCAGACAGACGCUGUACCUGCCCAAAUGAGGGUAUUUUGCCCCAGGGCACAGUGACAAGUAAGCUGGGC